GGAGAGGCCGGAGUAAUAGCUCAAACUACAUUUCCCAGAGUGCACAGCGGUUCCAGUAUGGCGCUGCCCGUGCUGGCGGUGUCCUGUAGAUAUGUUAAAUCUCGCUGAACUGAGUGCAGUAAUGUCUGUUUAUCGCUCAGUGCGCGUAGGGAUGGUGCUGGGGCUCGGGCUGGUGUGGAGGACUGUGAGGCAGUGUGAGGGCAGAGCUGGGCUCAGGGCAGUGUCGGGCAGUGCUGCAGUACAGGGGCUUAGAGCAGGAGAGCACAGCUGGCUCUGUGGAUCCACUGCAGCUGUUUUACACACAGUGCAGGGACGCGUGGAGGUGAGGCAGAACUUCAUCACUGAGGAAGAGGAGAACGCCCUUCUUCAGGAGCUCGAGCCAGGACUGAAGAAAAAGAGAUACGAGUUCGACCACUGGGAUGACGCAAUUCAUGGUUACAGGGAGACGGAGCGGGCGCAGUGGGGAAGUGUUUGUACCGGUCUGUUGAGCCGUGUUAGAGGCGUGGCUUUUCCAGAAGGCAGUCCCCUGCUGGGGCCUGUGCAUGUCUUGGACCUCGACAAAGCCGGCUACAUCAAACCUCAUGUGGACAGUGUAAAGUUUUGUGGAAGCACCAUCGCUGGGCUCAGUCUUCUAUCUGACAGUGUUAUGCGGUUGGUUUUGGAGGAUAACUCUGCAGAAUGGGUGGAUCUGCUUUUAAGUCGACGUUCUCUCUACAUACUGAGGGAUGAAGCACGCUUUAAGUUCACACACGAGAUCCUGAAGGAUGCAGAUUCUUAUUUCUUAGGACAGAGAGUGCCUCGCCAGCGGCGGAUCUCUGUUAUUUGCAGAAACCUUCCUGUUUAGAUGGCUAAAGGUGGAGGACUUUUAUGUAUUAUCUUGGAAGGACAGUGAAACACAGUCUCUGGCUGGUAUGAAGAAGUUUUCAAAUUGGAUAUAUGGAAUAUAGCUGCUAAAUUCUCAUUUUGUUCUUAGACUUUAACGGCAAUGAGGGUAAUGAGAAAAUGGGGCUUGUGAAAAUAUUCAACUGUAAGUAAGAGCAAGUCGUUUGUGAAGUAUACAAAGUUAUACUAUAAUAAAAGUAGAAAUAAAUUUGGCAAAAUAUGACAUAUGAGACUUACAGGGGUUGGACAAUGAAACUAAAACACCUGUCAUUUUAGUGUGGGAGGCUCAUGGCUAAAUUGUAGCAGCCUGGUGGCCAAUCUUCAUUAAUUGCAAAUUGCAUCAGUAAGAGCAGAGUGUGAAGGUUCAAUUAGAAGGGUAAGAGCCCAGUUCUGCUCAAAAUAUUGCAAUGCACACAACAUUAUGGGUGACAUACCAGAGUUCAAAAGAGGACAAAUUGUUCGUGAUCAUCUUGCUGGUGCAUCUGUGACCAAGACAGUAAGUCUUUGUGAUGAAUCAAGAGCCACGGUAUCCAGGGUAAUGUCAGCAUACCCCCAAGAAGGACAAACCACAUCCAACAGGAUUAACUGUGGACGCUGUAAGAGGAAGCUGUCUGAAAGGGAUGUUCGGCUGCUAACCCGGAUUGCAUCCAAAAAACAUAAAACCACGGCUGAUCAAAUCACGGCAGAAUUCAAUGUGCCCCUCAAAUCUCCUGAACUGUCUGUCACCACAAUAAAUUAUUGUGCUCUAAAACCAGGGGUUUCAAUUUCAUUGUUCAACCCCUGUAUGUGAAUAUGAUUAUUAUAAGAGUUGCAGUUACAAAGCUGUAUUUCUACUUGAGUAAAAAUACAGAAAUA